CGAUUCUGCAUAAAUACUAGUUCGGAUGUUGAGCAGAAGUAGAGAGAGCAGAGAGUUCAUCAUGACUCACCUAGCAGCAGCCCGAGUCGUGUCGUGCCUACUUCUGGUAGUCUUGAGUAUGACAACGUGUAAUGGAACAAGCGCCAAACAACUUCUAAGGUAUGACUACGCGACUGAGAGAUUUAUCACCAACGAUGACGCGCUGAAGGAGUUGUCAAAGCUAAGCCGUCCUGUCAGAGUGAUAGGCGCUAUAGGGGACGCGAGAGUUGGCAAGUCAACAACCCUCAACCACAUAGAACACGUAUGGCGGGGAGGUAACCAGGAGACGGUGGCGGAAAGGGUGUUCAACACAAGCAAUCAAGUACUGCCGUGUACGAGAGGGGUGUGGCUUUCUGUGACCGAGCAAGAUGCGGGGAGCCUGGUGCUGCUAGACGUGGAGGGAUCGGACCUGGGCGAUGACGCUAAGACAAGCCAGAUGAGUAUUUUCACGGCGCUCAUGUCAUCUGCGCUCAUGCUGUUUGGAGAAGGAGGCCUUGCGAAUCAUAACCGCGACUUCAUGUUUCGCCUGACGCGCGUCACACAAGAGAUCACGCGUGACGAGAUGCUCGACGGUGAUGCUCACGUAUUUCCUAGUUUGAGGGUCGUCUUGAGGCAAGCUCUGGAGCCGCCAGAUGGUGAAACGCUACGAAGCUUUAUCGUGGGAUCUUUGGUCGGAGAAAACGACGACAAAGCGGCAGUUAUCCGAAAGUAUUUCCCGGAAUCGAAGACAACAGUCAGCGUUAUCCCGGCAGUCUCCGAGCUCAAACAGGCUUCGGAUCAAGACUCAAAAGCCCUGGAAAACGCCGGGUACAGACAAGCUAUCGCAGACCUUGUGAAGAAUCUACAAUCAGUUCCCGCCAAAAGAGCUCGAGGCGCGCAGUUUGAUGGUCCAAUGCUAAGGCAACUGGCUUUGGAUGUAGUGGUAGCUCUGAAUAAGAACUCUUGGGCGAUUCUAGCAGAUACUUUUACAUCAUUCGAAAUUUCUUUCUGUGAAAAAGCCUUUAGGACUUUUAUCAAGCCCUUGGACAGGAGGGACCAUCCGCAAAUUAGAAAUACUAUGGAAUCUGCCUUACAGCAGUUUUCCAAGGAAUGCGUCCUGAGUGAUGAGAAGACGAAGGCAAAAAACUGGCUUGAGGAGGCUAUCCGAGUAAAGCAAAACGCUGAAGAGAAACAACGGUUGAUAGAACAGGAGCGACGGAAGGCAGAGGAUGAAAUAAGGAAACAGAAAGAGCUUGAAAAACAGCGCAAACAAGAGGAGGAAUUACAGAGAAAGCGGAUGGAGGAGGAAAGUAGAAGAAGAGAAACCGAGGAGAAGAGGAGAAAAGAGGAGAUGGAGAAGUCGAGAAGGGCGGAACAACAACGUGAACAGGAAAGACGGCGCUUAGAAGAGACGAGGGACGCAGAGAAAAGAGCACAAAAGGCUAAGAAGAAUAAUAAAAUCGUCAAAACAGUUGCUGCUGUCAUAGGCCUUGGAGUUCUUUUUAGCGACGAAAGACUCAAGCAAAACAUCACCACCAUUCCGGGUGCGGAUUAUGAGGCUAUCGGCCUGCGUGAGGUCGAGUGGGUGUGGAGGUCCCAGGCUGGGCCGCUGGGCCUGGAAGGGCGUGGUCGAGGGGUGAUAGCCCAGGAAGUGGAGGGAUUAUACCCGGCCGCGGUGCGUCUAGAAAGGAACGGCUAUAAGAGGGUGGACUAUGGUAUGUUAAGGAGUAUGAUAGAGCAGAAGCGCACCACAGAAUGACGGGAAACUAUCAGACUACGUUAAACAGUCGUCACUGAUAGUGGCGUAGUGCGCAAUUCGAAUAUAUAGAAAAAUAGUAAAACAGGCUAUAGCAUUUUAGUGUCAGGCGCUUAUAAACUUUUAGAACUAAUAUUUUCUAAACAUUUUUUUUCUUUCAGGUACUUUUCUAUACAUUUUAAACUUAGAUAACGCGAACUCUAUCCAGCCGUGUUUAUAAUUGUUUAUGUUAAAUAAUUGUCGCAUUCGCAAUUUUCGAGUGAUUUUUUUUCCGCCGCGCUCGCAAAUUUCGUGGGAUUUUUUUCAGCAGCAGUUAUCAAUUUUUGCGCUUCAUUUAUUUUGGCGCAUAUAAAUGCAGUGUGACAGUACUCUUGAUAAUUCUUGAUUCAUGUGAACAAUUGUUCAGAAAAGGGAGUCAAGGAAAUUUGGCGACGACAAUGACAACAAGGUCUCGGCUCGAAUAAAAGGUUUAUUCAGAUAUAAACUUAUAUAAAUCGCCAUAUGCCUAAUAUGUAUUUUUUAGCAAUAGAAUUGUUUAUGUACAAUUGUCAUUAUUUGAAUAAACCAUACGCAUAUGAA